AUGAAAAAGGAUGUGCACUUUGAAUGGGAUGAGGCUUGCAGCAAUGCUUUUGCACGCAUCAAAACAUACUUACUUAAUCCUCCAGUUUUAUGUGCUCCUAUCCCAGGAAAGCCUUUGGUGCUGUAUAAUGCGGCCCAAGAAAGGUCUCUAGGUGCUCUUAUGGCGCAAGAAAAUAAAGAAGGGAAAGAAAGAGCCCUUUAUUAUCUAAAUCGAACUCUCAAUGGGGCUGAAUUAAAUUAUUCUCCUAUUGAAAAGAUAUGCCUCGCUCUUUUCUUUGCCAUAGACAAACUGGAGCACUACAUGCAAACAUAUAUGGUCCGUUUGAUAGCAAAGGCAGACCCAAUCAAAUAUGUCCUCUCCAGGCCAGUGAUUUCGGGUCGUAUAGCUCGAUGGGCAGUCUUGCUUCAGCAAUAUGACCUUGCAUAUGUUCCACAAAAAGCUGUCAAAGGACAAGUAUUGGCAAAUUUCUUAGCUGAUCACCCAGUUCCGUCUGAUUGGGAGUUCUCUGAUGAUUUCCCGGAUGAAGAUGUGUUUUACAUUGAAGUAAUGCCACCAUGGGUGAUGUUUUUUGAUGGGGCUGCACGUCAAGAAGGAGCGGGGGCAGGUGUAGUGUUUGUUUCUCCACAACGGAAGGAGAAUAGACAGGCCGAUGCUUUAGCUAAUUUGGCUACUGCCUUAGCAUUAUCCCAACAAGAAACAACCAAAGUCGCUAUUUCCCAAAGGUGGGUGGUACCUCUUGUGGUUGAAGAAGAAGAGGAAGAGCAAGCCAACAUCAUUUCUGUAUGCCUUGUCGAAAAAGAAGAUUGGCGACAAGUGAUCAUUGAAUACCUUCAACAUGGAAGACUCCCGGAUGAUAAACGCCACAAGACCGAAAUUCGGCGGAGGGCUGCUCGAUUCAUUUACUAUAAAGACACUCUCUUCCGCCGUUCAUUUGAUGGAUUGUUUCUCCGUUACUUAGGAGAGGAGGAGGCUAAACAAGCCUUAGAGGAGGCUCAUUCUGGAAUAUGCGGCGCACAUCAGUCAGGUCCUAAGUUACAUUAUAGGAUCAAACGAAUGAGUUACUAUUGGCCUACAAUGGUGCAAGAUUCUAUGGAAUGCGCUAAGAAGUGCGAAACUUGUCAGUAUCACGCAAACUUCAUCCAUCAACCGCCAGAACCUCUACACCUAACUGUAGCUUCUUGGCCUUUUGAUGCAUGGGGGCUUGAUGCAAUAGGGCCAUUACCAAAGUCAUCCGGUGGCCACUUGUACAUCUUGGCCACAACUGACUACUUCUCGAAAUGGGCGGAAGCUGUACCCUUUAGGGAAGUGAAGAAAGAAACGGUGGUCAAUUUCAUUCGAACUCACUUGAUCUAUCGGUAUGGUGUCCCUCGGUAUAUCAUAACUGAUAAUGGCAAACCAUUCUACAAUAGGCUGAUGACAGAGCUAUGUGAGAAGUUUGAAUUUAAACAAUAA